AUGUCUAAUAAUCUGGGAGAUGAUGACUUGGAUACAACAAACCACUUGCUCACAUCUCUCACCAUGGUGUUUGAACAAUCUGAUAGUGAUCUAUCAUUAGAUGAUGAACAACAAGAAGAGUUAUUAGAUUCACUAGUGGCAAACACUUUAAUCGCGCCAACUCUCCUGGAUUACGAUUCUGAAAAUGUAAUAGAAACAUAUCAAAGAAGAAAGAUAGCGCUUCAGCAACAACUACAACCACGUAGCGGAAAGUAUAUACCAAAUGUUCUUAGUCCGAUCUAUGAAUAUAUUUACAAUCAAGAGAUGAAAUCAAAUCAGAAAUGUGAAUAA